AUGCCAAACAGGUGCCGCGUCCUGCGUCGCCCCUCCGUGAGUGGCGCAUGUGAACGAGCGCCGCCCCGCGUGAGUGGCGCGAGUGAACGAGCGGCGAGCGGCGGGCGGCGAGCGGCGAGCGGCGGCGAGUUGCGAGCGGCGCGGCUGACGUUGCGGGUGGCGAGGGGACUGUGGCGAACGGUGCGAGUGGCGAGUGGCGCGGUGACGCGGGGCACUGCUGACGCGGCGGGUGGCGAGGGGCCAGUGACUAGCGGCGUGAGCGGCGAGUGGCGGGCGCGGCGGCUGACGCGAUGGAGAGCGACGCGUGUCUGGAGAAGUUUCUCGUCUACGAGACCCAAGCGGUGCGUGCCGCCCGUUGCGGCGAGCCUCGCUGCGCUGCGUGCGCUGGAAGGCGGCGCGCUGUGUUGUGCGCGGCAUUAUCUGCGCGGCAUGGUGUGCACGGCAUGCGCUUUUACGUACUGGCGUUUCUACAUAGUGGGUCGGGGCAAGAACAAGGAUCAGAAGCGCAUCCUCAAGAUUGACCGAUCUGAGCCGUCGGAGCUGGUGCUGGUGGAGGAUCCGACGGUGUACACCGCUCGACAGUGCUCUGCUCUGCUGCAGCAACUCGCAGAGGGCAAUCGCAGCUCCGGGGGGCUUCGCUUGGUCACCAAGGCCUAUGGCAUCGUCGUCACUCAUUACCAUGCCCACCCCACGGCCAUCUUCCAGGAAUUCUCAAAAGCAACCCUCUCUCUGCCUUACUCUCAGCCUUGCCUUUUCCACACUUUGCUUGCCCGUUCCUCUCUCUCCCUUACUCUCUGCCUUGCCUGUUCCUCUCUCUCCCUUACUCUCUGCCUUGCCUGUUCCUCUCUCUCCCUUACUCUCUGCCUUGCCUGUUCCUCUCUCUCCCUUAUUCUCUGCCUUGCCUGUUCCUCUCUCUCCCUUACUCUCUGCCUUGCCUAUUCCUCUCUCCGCCUUAUUUUUGAGGCGCCUCAUUUUGAAGCGCCUCAAAAAUACUCUCGGCCUUGCUUGUUCCCUUCUCUGCCUUACUCUCUGCCUUGUCUGUCUUUGUUCUCCCCUCCCCCAUCGGCAGGGUGUGUGCGCUUCCUAGAGCCCUGGUACCUCAUUCUGGUGCGGCGCCGGCGGCAGGUGGGGUGCAUGAGGGGGCAUGCAGUGUUCCGCAUCGAAGAGAGUCUCGUGCUCACCGUGCCCCACGCCAGCGUGCACACGAGCGUGGCUUCCAGCACCAUGGAGCAGCGGGCGUCUUCCACUCCCCUCUCAGGCGUCCUCGCCUCUCUUUUCAUCCCUCCCUCCGUCAGGUACAAGAGGCUGCUGUCAGGGGUGGACCUCACAAAGGACUUCUUCUACUCGCACUCCUACCCCGUCAUGCGCUCGCUACAAGACAACGUCUGCCGUACCGUCGCCGGGUGCACCGAGUGUGGCAGCAGCUGCAUGUCCCAUAUGGAUCACAUGGCCCACAUGGCCCACGAGCACAUGUUUGUGUGGAACGCCUUCCUCACACGCCCCAUCCGCCAUGCCCUCGGCACCAACCGCUGGACUCUCGCUCUCUCCCACGGCUUCUUCCACCAGCUUGUCUCUCUUCGUGCCACUUUGCGGCACUUGUCCCUCUUCGUGCCACUUGCGGCACUUGUCCCUCUUCGUGCCACUUGCGCCACUUGUCCCUUUUCGUGCCACUUGCGCCACUUGUCCCUCUUCGUGCCACUUGCGCCACUUGUCCCUCUUCGUGCCACUUGCGCCACUUGUCCCUCUUCGUGCCACGUGCGCCACUUGUCCCUCUUCGUGCCACUUUGCGGCACUUGUCCCUCUUCGUGCCACUUGCCACUUGUCCCUCUUCGUGCCACUUGCGCCACUUGUCCCUCUUCGUGCCACUUGCGCCACUUGUCCGGACCGGAACAAAGUACCUUAAGGGAGGGGUCAACGGCUUUCCGUGCCCCCCCUGGCCCCUCUCCCUCGCAGGAGCGCAUGUCCAUCUUCGGGCGGGUCAUCUCACUUGUCUUAAUCGCCCGCCGCUCGCGCCACUUUGCCGGCACGCGUUAUCUCAAGAGGGGGGUGAACGACCGGGGGCGAGUGGCCAACGAGGUGGAGGUGGAGCAGCUGCUGCUCGACCACUCCCACGAACCCAUCCUACCGCCUCCCACCGCUCUGCACCGUGAACCCAUCCUACCUACCGCAUUGCACCGCGACGCAGCAGUUACAAGUUCACCAGCAGAAGCGACGGCGGUGGCGGCAGCGGCAGCAGCAGCGGCAGCAGCAGCGGUGGCGGUGGCAGCGGUGGGGGCGGCGUCAGCAGCAGCGGUGCCAGCGAUGGCGAGUGUGGUGCAGGUGAGGGGAUCCAUUCCCCUCUUCUGGUCGCAGCAGGCAUCAAGACUCAGCCCCAAGCCAGACAUCGUGUGUGAGUGGUGCUGUGCGGUGGGUGAGUGGCGCAGUGCGGUGGGUGAGUGGCGCAGUGCGGUGGUGCAUCGCUAUGACCCCAUGUACACGGCAGCGCGGCUGCACUUUGAGAACCUCAUGGAGCGGUACGGCCGCCCCAUCAUCAUCCUUAACCUCAUCAAGACAGUGGAGAAGCACCCUCGUGAGAUGAUUCUUCGGAGGGAGUUCGCGAUGGCAGUGGCGUAUCUCAACCGCGUGCUGCCCCGCCCCUCCGCCCUCACCUACAUCCACUGGGACUUCUCCCGCUACGCCAAGAGUGCAAACGCAGGCACCACUCCAGCAGGGGUCACCAGUGCUGCAGCAAGCGCACUCAGCACUCUCACCACCACUCCCAACGUACCCACCAUUCCCAACACACCCACCACACUCCACACCCUUACCAGUCAUCCCAGUCCCUUCUCCUCCUUCCCCUCCUCCUCCCUCAUCCCCUCCUCCUCCUCCCUCAUCCCCCCGUCCUCCCCUUCUGCUUCCUCCUUCUCGCUCUCACCUCCUUCGCUCUCUCCUCGCACCACCAACACCAGCGGCACCAACGUCCAAGCAAGCAGUGGCAGCGGCAAUAGCACCAGCGCCAGUGCGGAAAAUGGCAGCAGCAGUGGGAGCAAGGGCAGUGUGGCGGAGGGGGUGUUGGGUGCGCUGGCAGCGAUCGCUAGAGAGUGCCUUGCCAAGACUGGCUUCUUUUACUCCGGCCAGCUCGCCAGAGCAUGCUUUGCUUCUCACCUGCAUGCCCUUUGUUUCCUCCUCUCCUCUGUUCCCCAUCUCUUCCAUGCCCCCUGUCCUCUGUUCCUCAUCCCAUGUGCCCCCAUCUCCUCUAUGCCCGAUCACCUGCCUUGUCUCCACAUCGCCAGGGCUGCCACCAAGACUUGCUUCUCUUUCCGCCCCACCGCCCCUCCCUCUGUCCCAUUUCCUCCCAUUUCCUCCCAUUUCCUCCCAUUUCCUCUCCUCUGCCUCCCAUCUCCUCUGCGCCUCCCCCUCCCCUGUCUCCCCAAUGCAUGCAAUCUCCCCAGGGCUGCCACCAAGACGUGCUUCUCGUCCCGCCCCGCCGCCCCUCCCGCUGCUGCCGCCGCUGCUGCUGUACCCAGCACAACCAGACCGGAGGAGGGGGGCGGAAUCAGACCAAGCAGCAAGGGAGGAGCAGCUGCAGCAGCAGCAGCAGCGCAGGAGGAGGAGGCAGGGAGAUGGGUGCGUCCCCCACAGCUGCAGCAAGGAAUAGUCCGAACCAACUGUCUGGACUGCCUGGACCGCACCAACGUGGCCCAGUUCGUGUUCGGUCGAGAGGCCCUUGCCCACCAGCUCUACUCCUUGGGAAUCACAGAUUCGCCGCACCUGGACAGCAAGAGCGACGUGGGGAGGCGGCUGCAGGGGAUGUACAUCGCGAUGGGGGACGCCCUGGCACUGCAGUAUGGGGGGUCGGCGGCGCACAACCUGGUGAUUGCUGAGCGGCCCGGCACGUGGCGGUCUACGCUGCAGUCUCAGGAGGUGCUCAAGUCGCUGCAUCGGUACUACAGCAAUGCCAUCACAGACGCUGAGAAGCAAGACGCUAUCAACCUCUUUCUGGGUCACUUCCAGCCUUGGGCAGGGCAGGCAGCCAUGUGGGAAGUGGGGUCGGACCAGCACCUGCAUGGCGCCACAGGGAGGGGCGCUCAGGCGGGGGAGGUGGGGGCGGAACAGGGGCAGCUGGGGUUGAGUGGAGGGAGGGGAGUGGAGGGGGGUGGAAUGAUGGGAGCAGCAGCCAUGCCGUCUGCUUCCUUCUCGCCCAGCCUCGCAUCGCUCCCCGAUGUGUCCGAUGCCCCACCUCCUCCCAUGGACCUCGCACUCCUCCCCUCCCACGUAUGCCCCCCCCCAUCCCAUGGACCUCUCUCUUGUCCGCCACCACGACCCCUCGCACUUCCCUUCCUCCCUCCUAAUAAGACGUCUCAAAAGUCCUCCUCCCUCCCCCCACACUCGAACCCCACUGCUUACAGGCGAUUUUUGUGUCACCUAAAAGAUCGUCCCCUCUUGCUCCCUCCCUCCCUCCCUCUUCUUCCUCCCUCUUCCCCUGUGCAGACCCCUGUGGCUGCCCUCCUCUCCUCCCCCUCCCUCUCCCUCUCCUCCUGCUCUCCUCCUCCCGCCCCUCUCCCCCUCCCACCCCACUCAAGCUUACCUCCUUUGGUGGCGCUUCAAAAUUUGACCGACUGCUUGAAGCAGGGGGGGGAACAGCUACCCCUGUGGCUGCCCUCCCCUCCUCCACCGCCCUCUCCCCCUCCUCCCGCUUCUCACGCUCCCUCCUCCCGCCCCUCUCCCCCACCUGCCUCGCUCAAGCUCACCUCCUUUGACCGCCUGCUGGGGGCAGGCGCUGCAGCAGCAGGGGGGGGUACAGCCGUGCGAGUCUACCCUGAAAACAGCAGGGGGAGUGGCAGUCAGGGUGGUGGUUUGAGGAAGGAGGGCGGCGACAGGGGUGUGCAGGAUUGGAGAGGUGUGAGGGGAGGUGGAGAGGUGCGUGGUGGUGGGAAGGGAUUGGGGAGGGGAAGAGGUGCGGAGGUGGUUGAUCCGAGGGAAUGGGCUGGGGAGUUGAAGGAGUGUGGGUAUGUGUUUCUGCACGAGAUCACGCCAGAUACUCCACACACCAUGACCUAUGGCCAGGCCAUGUCCUGGAUACACCCUCAUCAACCUUCCUGCAACCCUCAUCAACUUCUCUUCACCCCUCAACACCUCUCCCCCACGCCGUUUUUGCUCUCCCUUCUCUCAACCCCCGGCACCCACCAGCUUCCUCGCAUCCAUUUCAUCCUCGGCAACACGAGGAGCGAGGGGCGAGGUAUCCUGGGGGCAGUGAGGGGUGGACACGACGUGACUGUUAAGUCGCCUCUGAGAGCUCUCCCAUUCUUCAACCCUCAAGUCUCUCCUCUCUUUCACCCCCGUGUACUCACCAGCUACCUCGCAUCCGUGCCCUCCCUCAUCCCCGGCAACACCUUGGCUUCUGUGGGGGGUGACGGUGCACACACACACGAGCAGUCGGGCAUGCAGGGAGCAUGGCCUUUAGAGCUGCAGGGCUUUGGUGCCCUUAACAGCCCUGGAGCGACAAGAGGAGGGGGGGAGGGGCCAAGGCUGGAUGAGAUGCUGGGAGGGUGGGCCGUGGCAGAGGCAGCAGUGGAAGACGCAAGGAGGGCGGAGGAAGCACAGGAGGUGGUGAGAAAAGAAGCGGAGCUUUUGGGUGGUGACUAUGGUGUGAGUGUGCCCCAUGUGCUGCCUACGGUGGUAUGUGCCGGGCUCAUGGAUGGGUGGCUGGCACAGGGCCAAGCCGAUAUGAGAGCACCGUUCCAGCCGUUGCCUUAUUGA